AAAAUAUUUAAACCAAAUUUCCCCACCAAAAUUACAGACAGGCACUUCCAUGUUUUCUUCUCCUUCAGACAUCUUCGACGAUUGUAGACCUGGCGUUCCGGAAUGCAUUCAGAACUAUUAGUUCGACUGUCCAUUUAGACAAGGAAAAGAACAUCAAAUUUGUACCUUUGCGCGGCAAGCCCUAGUCUGAUCUCAUUCCCGUCUGGAGGUGCGGGGCCUCCAAAACUUUCACUCUACCUACGCGCCUACCCGCAUACAUCAUACAUCUACAAUCUUCAACCGACAAUAUCGAACAUCAACACACAUUUCAGGCUCAAUUCCGAGAUUGACUGAAGUCUGUACCGCUGGCACUGUCACAAAUACUUUACCGUCUUGAUCCGUCUUCGGUACCUUACCGCCUUCGCCACACAUUGUCUGUUAAGCGCACGCUUGAUUGCAGCGUCUCGUCUCACUGCACACCCCAUCCAUCCGCCUGGUGUCACCAUGUCUUCCAGGCCGCCGGAUCCGUACGCGAGGCGGCCUUCCACUUUAAACGACCGCCGACCAUCGGCAGACCCCCAUCAGCGUCGCGAUAGCCAGCCCCGUAAUGUUUACAGAGAUGAACGGUAUUCCGACAGGCCUAGUUCCAGUCAUGCAAAUUCUCUGCCGAACAGGCCUCCAAACAGUUAUCAUGAUAGUCAUCACCGGGACCGAGAUCGGGAUCGGGAUCAGCAGGAAAGAAGCCGAGAUCGUGAACGGGACCGUGGCUUGCCUGAUGCACCUGCAAGAGGCCUGACAGUAAACACACAAGCCGCAUCGGCCGGUGACCGUGCUCGACCUGACCAUGGACUGAACACGCCGGCCACUGCCUCAUCGCCUACGGGCAACAGGAAUGCCUCAGACGUAGAGAUAGGAAGAUGUCUCAAGGCACUGUGCGACUCUCUUAUCAGUUUUACUACGCACAAAUAUGACCUCACCCAGGCUGAAAAGGCCCUCGAAAGGCGGCAAGCCGAGUACAACAAAUGCACGGCUAAGCUAGCAGACUUCCCUUCAGUACCAGAACUUCAAAAGAAGUUCUUGGAUCGCGACGCCAAGCGACGUGCAGAAUACCAGAAUAUGGUGCGCGUUGCUGAAGAUGGUAUCAAAAGGGCAAGAGAGGGUUUCCUCUCCUGCUUACUACAGCUGAUGAAGUCUGGUCACUUGCCAGCUGCGUUAUUACCUCCAGCGUCUACUAGCUCCAAGGAGUACGACGACAAGAUCGCCGAACUGGAGCAAGCUUUGUCAAGUCAUAAGUCCACCGCACAAACCAAGAUCGACGCACUGCAAGAUCUAUUCGACGGUCUCAAAUCUAAACGGCUUCUGGACCAACAAGACAUGGAAUCUCGAUUUAAGGACCUCGAUGAUAAAUUUGGCAAACAGCAACGAGAGUAUGAAACCAGAAUCGCGAAGCAACAAGAAGACUUCACGAAGCAACUUCAAACAGAGCUAGCUAAGCAGCGUCAAGAUUUUGAACAGAAGUUUGCAAAGCAAAGCAAAGAGUUCCCGAAACAGAGCACAAAACUGGAAGAACAGAUCAGCAAGAUGCAGUCAGACUUGAGAAAGUUUAAGGAAGCUCAAGAGCAAGAACUCAAGACACGGCUAGCCAAACAACAAAAGAAGUACGAGAAACAACUUGAACAGCAACUCGAGCAACAACGCGCCACGGCACAAGAUGUUACAAAGCAAAACUCUGCUAGCGAGGUAGCGUCUCUACGACAGGAGCUUGCCGACCUACGCACCCAUCUGGGAACUAGAGAACAAGAACUCAACCAGGUCCGAACUCAAGUUGCGGAAUUUGAGCAAAAGAUGGCAAAACAGGAGGAGAAACUAGAGAACGUCGAUUUCGUAGCGCUCGAUGAAGCAGCCGAGAUUGUGUCCUUCCAAUUCCCGGCGCUCAAAGACCGCGUUACAGAUCUGGAGACUAAGACACCUCUGGACGUCUUGGGGCUUACCAAGCAAGUUGCAGACCUGGGGAUGAAAGAGACGAAUGUUUCCGGACUUGUCAAACAGGUUGCGGAUCUGGAGACGAAAGUGACACAAGUUUCGGCGGCCCAAAGGGACUCUAACAGGAAACUGGAGGAGUUCCAGACGAAGUUCACGCUCACGUUCGGGAAAUUGGUUGAUGAUGAGCGUACCAGAAUAACCAAGCUCACAAAUGAAGUAAACAACCUUAAGCUGAGGCCGACUCCUGGAACGACAACUCCUCAGCCUGGAGUCAGCACGGCAAAUCUCGAACCUCUUCGUGCCGAGUUCAAACAAGCCAAGGCGGAGCAGCAAGCAACGCUUGAAGAGUUACAGCACAAGGCUUCGGCGCUGGACUUUGCGAUCAACAACCUCAACCAGCGCUUCAACAACAUCACUUCCAAGCACGUAGCGGACAUCUUGAUCCAACAGCUGAUUCCGGAGACGGAAAAGUGGAAGCUAGAUCUCGAGGAGUCAAAUCAACGGGCAGAAUCCCUUCUUAAGGAACUUGAUAUGCUCAAAGUUAGCGUCAGUAUCUUGGAGGUCAAGACUGCAGGGCUCAGUGUCGAACCUGAGGCUCAGCCAGGAAUGAAAAGGCGCCGAACUGAUCAGGACGGUACGCAUAUUGAGCGUCCCGCUUCAAGUACCGGUCCACUUGUUAAUGCUACAUCCUAGCAGAACGGGCAUGAACGUUGUUCGUUUGUAAGAAAGCUUGUACAGAAAAGGAAGUAUAACUAAAAGCCAAAAGUAGACUUGUAUAAGUCAAGAGACGCAGCCUUAUACGUGGUUGCCAUACCACUUGUGGCUAGGUGGAAGAUCACUUUGGCAAACUGGCAGGCUUAUAAGGCUGCUUCAAGCCGCUGGAAGACGAAAACAGAAAAGGCGCAGGCACGACAACACUCUCAAAGUGCAAUGAUACCUAAAGUAUCUGCAACUUUGUAAGCAGGCGAGGAUGCCAAGUGUUAAGAGACACUGGAAUGCAAGUUACGUAAGCAAGAGUUAUAGAGGGCUCAAGAGGUUACCUCUAACCAUCUCUGGUAUUGAUAUAAGAGGUGGUAGAUGUUGGGCAUUGAUGCAGAGAUGUCUAGACAUCUUGCGAAGAGGCAAGAAACAUACGUUCAGUUACUGAGGAUUAUAUAUCUUAUGCU